AUGCCUCUUGAGGACCGGGUAUCAAGUCCACCACAUAACUACUGCGUGCCAUGGCUCAAGCGCAACUAUUUCCAUGCAGGGAACCCAAGCCCUGUGGACACAAAAAUCCUAAGGCGGAAAAAGCAAGCAGGCGAGAGUCAACACGCAGCUAGCCGACGACCCAGGCAUGAACUUCCCAAGGGCAAUGAUUGGAUCGAUUCGCAACGGAGUGUGGUCAUAGUUCGCCGGCUGGAUUUCCAUCCGAGCAAGGGAUCCAAGCGGGGUUUUGGAACGUGGUUCUUGGUUCCCCCCCCAUCACGAAACUUUGGGGCUAUUCCACAGGAACCAAAGGUCAACUUCGCAGCACUGCCUCUGCGCUGGGGAGCGAAGUCGUUUUCUUUCCCCGGCGAGAUCCAUUCCACAUGGACGGGAGAGAGUCAGGGCCAGAAAUUCAAAGACGCCGCAGAAUCGCAAGGGGCUAGCUACAAGAAGCAAAAGAUCAGGGGGGCCGAGGAGAUUGGGCAAACCGAUUGCAUCUCAAAUUAUAUUCUUCCUCAAUUUGAAACGCUCAAAGUCAUCCUGCCCGUCGCCAUCUGGGCCCCUGCCCAAGGUCCAACCUCAGGGUCCCUACAGGCUUGGCGAUUGAUGGUCGUUCUCCGCUUUUCGAGAGAAGCGAACGAGCAGGGUCUGGCUGGUGGGCGAGCCCUCUGUCGCCACUUUGGGAUGAGGAGUCGUGCAAAAUCUGUCUGUCUUUGCCUCGGCCCACUCGCGAUGUUAGUCGUGGGAGACAUUGUCAUGGUGCUGAGGGAUGGUAAUUCAGCGGACGCAACGACGAAAGGUAGCUAUGUCUUCCUCGCUCGCUGCACCCAGCAGCCGAGUCCUAGGGCGCAGAUCCAGACCAGACUACGAAAUACAUUUCUCCAGAGAUGA